UUUGAGUUGAAAUCAGUUGAACAGUGUCUCUACGUUUGGAAUGAUGACCACUGCACGGAACGUAGCUUUUUGCAUUCUGCUAAUACUUGGGAUAUCAUAUGGAUCAUUUGUUACCUUGGAGCAAAAUUGUGGCCGACUUCAAAAUCCCUUAUUCUCCUCUCCUUGGCUGGCUAAAAUUCGAACUGAAACAUAUUCCGAAUUUUUUUGCGCUGGCAGCCUUAUAAACGAACGAUUUGUUUUGACGGCUGCUAGCUGCAUAUACAACCAAGGCAAACUUAUCGUUCGCUUGGGAGAGUUCGAUGGAUAUAAAAAGAAUAGCAAUCACAAUUACAUAUAUGAAGAUAUAAAAGUGAGGGGGGCCAUUAUACACAGGUCCUAUUUCCAAAAAAAUCAUCAGAAUAAUAUAGGUCUACUUAGAUUGCAAGAGGAUGUUGUAUAUAAGCCCCAUAUACAACCGAUAUGCAUUGAGGUAAAUGCGCAAAAAAAAUUGUAUCAAUCUACUUUUCGGAUAAGCCAUCCAAAAAUUCAAGAGUCUGAAAAAAAACGAUGGUGGCUUUGUCUCUAUUGGUGCUCUAGCCCAAACACCGACGAAUCACCUUUUGGGCUCAUUGGUAGCCCCAACACAACAAUUACAGAGGAAAUUUUUUUUCAAAAAGGAAUUUUAAGCCAUAAUAAUUCCGACGCCAAUAUUUAUACAGAUGUCAUGGCCUUUGCAAUCGAUUGGAUAUUACCAAAUGCGCUGGAAGUUGAUAUCAUAGUGUCAAACCCAUAACUAUCACACUAAGAGUUCUACUAAUACGACUUAAAGUUAUCAAUUAUAUUAAAUUAGCAAUAAAAAAAUGCUAAAUAAAAUAAACCGUUGAAAUAUAAA